AUGCGUAGUUGUAAUAGGCGUGGACCCACCUUUGGCAGGGGAUGUGGUCAUGAUAUCUUCAUAUCUGACGACUCUGGAAACAACCAAAAAUCCUACACAAGAUGCGGUUGCACGUACACGGCACCCUCAGGGUACUCAACUGGUGACUGUGGUUUUUUUACAGGGGGGUCUCAUUUCUCUCCAACGGACGUCGAAGUAUUCUAUGAAGCUGGUAAUCAAGAAAAACACCCCUUUCCAAGGAUAAAUAGUCAGUAUGGCCUGUGGCAAAAUCAAAUUGUGUAGUGUAGAAAUAUUCUCGGAAAGUUGUGUUGCUGGCGUACGGAUAGCUUACUAUUUUGUCAUUUUUUGUCAAGGAAUGUGUAAACUUAUAAAGUCUAUCUUGCAACAUUCAUUUAAGUUCGUCAUAUAUCACAUUGAGUGACGAGCCCGAGAGGACUUGCCUGGAUUGCCGCAGGGGUUUGUGGGAACUACAUGAAAACGAAGUUGGCGGGGCCACUUGAAAGAACGCCUGAGCUAGCAAAAAAAAUUCAGCCAUGCUUUGAUGCUACUCUGGCUUAAAGAUUUAAUGAAUGUAACCGAGAUGUUACAUUGCAUAAACUCAACGUUUGGACACUCCGGUGUAAUGCUUUCAUCACAACCCCUGAUGAGGAUUUGAUUGUCCACCUGGUUGCUUUGUGAACUUUAAAUUCAAAGGCGACACCACCAAUCAAAACUUUUGUUUAAUUUAUUUGGCCAACUGUAAUUUUUCCUUUUCUUUUCCCUCCUCAGGCCUCGGUUUGUCCGCCAUACUUCGAAGUCUUGAUUACAACCAGUACUUGAAGGUGCUGUUUUCAUAUUUGGACCCAGUCCUUAUCAAUAAAGAACGUAGUAGGUUUGUGAGGUGUUGGCACGGAAAGACGGACGGUUGGGCAGCAUCGACAUUCCACAGUAACUGCGAUGGGAGGGGACCCACAGUGACCAUCAUUAAAGUUAACAAUUAUAUCUUUGGUGGAUACACUGACGUGUCCUGGACCAGCAGUAAGUAAAAGACAAGCAAACAUCUCUCACAUGUAGAACAGAUAGCCAAUCGAUUAGUGGUAGACUUUCCUUGUAGCAGUGAGUUGAUCCUAGAAACAGAAAAUAUCACUUUAACAACUGCGAUCCCAAAGUAAACAGACUCGUAAAUAGCCUGGAAACGUGUAUCAAACGGGUUUUAACUUAAAGUCUUGUUUUGAAUUGGAUUCUUGAUUUGAUUUUGAUUUGAUUUCAUUCUGACAACUCUGUUUCGUGUCAUUUCCCCUUGUUUCGUUGUAUCCAUUAUUCAUAUUGGAGAGCUUAAACAAAGGAUGUUUAGUUAACUCUCUCUUUAGAUCGUAUGCUGCCUUUGAAUAAAACUUCGGACCAUAUUUCAAAUGCUUUUUUUGAAAAGUGAAAAUAUGCUCAUGAGUUCUUUGAAAUUUUAUCGAACAAAUUGUUCGGCUCUAUUUCGGCAAUUAAAAAAAAUCAUUUUUUAUGGUUAUCAUCAUGAACUUUUUUCUCAUUCGUAUAGUUUCUAAUGCUCCUAAACCUUUUCAUUUUAGGUCCCUGUGCUUAUUCUUCAGCCAGCAAAGCUUUUGUUUUCUCUCUUUACAACGUGAAAGGAUACAAUCCUGUGAAGCUGACACAAUACCAAAACAAGAAAAACGCGAUGUACAGAUGUUCCUCUCACGGACCCACUUUUGGCUCGAGACAUGAUAUCUACAUAUCAAAUGCCGCAAAAAACAAUCAAUCAUCUUAUACCAGAUGCGGUGGCACGUACUCCAACCCCACGGGCCAUUCAGCUGGAGAUUGUAAAUUUUUCACAGGAGCAUCAAAUUUCACUCUAUCUGACAUUGAAGUUUUCUUCGAAAUAAUAAACUAA